AUGUUUAGAACUUUAGAUGAUUUAAAGAAAAAUGAGAAAGAUGAAAAGCAAAAGAAAACCAGUAAUUCUUAUGCCGGAGGUGAAAAGAGUGGACUCUCAAUAGAAAAUCCUCCAGAUUUUGAUGAAUUGAUCAAUAAAGCAAAGCAAGGAGGCUCUCGCCCUGAUGGAGAGGAGGAUCCAAAAGAGUGGUGCAAAAUAACAUUAUGGAAUAAUGGAUUUUAAAUAAAUGAUGGAGAAUUCAAAGACAUCAAUGACCCAGAAAAUAAGAAAUUCAUUGCCGAAUUAAAAUAAAAUUAAGUACCAACAUAGCUGCGAUAAUAAUAUGCCAAAAAAGGAUUGAGUGUAAAAUUGGAAGAUAGAACAUAAGAAAAAUAUGUCCCACCUCCUCCACCAAAAUAUGUGGAAUUCGGAGGAGCUGGUGUUAGUUUGGGUUAAUAAUAAUUUGUUUAAUAAUAACAAUAAGUUAAGGUUGAUCUGAGUAAAUAAGGUUAAAUACCAAUUAACCCAAAUCAACCAACAACUAAUAUCUAGGUUAGACUAUCAACUGGAAACACAAUUACAUUAACAGUUAAUACUACAACAAGAGUGACAGCCAUUCAAUAGCAUCUUUUAAAAAUGAUGAAUUUGCCUCCUCAAAAAUAAAUUUAGUUAAUUUCAGGUUUUCCUCCAAGACCAAUUACGAAUUUGAAUUAAACUGUGGAAGAAGCUGAUUUGUGCGAUUCAUAAAUCACUUAAACUGUUGUUUGAGUAUUAAGAACAUAAAUACCUAUAGAAUUAUAUAUCUUUUA